AGAACGAACCAAGCAAAAGCAACUUUUUACAACCCCUAUAAGUCACUGUUCGAUGAACAGGGAGCAGCAACAAACUCCAACGCAAGAGCCUGCCCUGACAAUGGAAGACCAGGAGGAGCCUCGACGAACACCAAUGGAGAGUUGUGUUGUAUCAGAAUUCGAAGGCACUCUCUUGAAGGACCCAGACCCCUUCUCCUACUUCAUGCUAGUCGCCUUCGAGGCGUCCGGUGGCUUGAUUCGUUUUACUCUUUUGCUCAUGGUCUGGCCUCUGCAUCGCUUGCUACACAUGCUGGGGAUGGGGGAUGCGGCUCUCAAGCUCACCAUCUUUGUGGCCGUCGCCGGUGCUCGGGCAUCUGAGAUAGAGUCUGUGGCACGUGCAGUGCUGCCCAAGUUUUACAUGGAUGAUCUGGAUACCGACGCUUGGAGGAUCUUUAGCUCCUAUGAAAAGAAGGUUGUGGUGACUAAGAGCCCCAGAGUGAUGGUGGAGAGUUUUGUUAAAGGGCACUUACGUGCCACUGAAGUUCUCGGAAGUGAGCUCGAGGUAAAUCGAUUUGGAUUUGCCACUGGAUUUGUUAGAGAUGAUAUGGGUUCAAUCUCCAACCGUAUUAAUGUGUUGUUCAACGGCGAACAGCCCACCGCUGGGUUAGGUCGAUGUGUGUCUAGUUUAUCCAUCCUUUCUCUCUGCAAGGAACAAAUCCACCCACCAUUCGCUUUGAAGCAAAUUAACCAGCAGGACGAACGUCCGGAACCGGUCAUAUUCCACGACGGCCGGCUAAUCAAGCGUCCAACGCCAUUGAUGGCCCUUGUCAUCCUUCUGUGGCUUCCAUUAGGCAUCGUACUUGCGUUCAUAAGAAUCGUAAUCGGGUUGGUUCUUCCUCUGUGGGCUAUCCCCUACGUUGCUCGACCACUUGGAGGCGACUUGAUAGUAAGGGGCAGACCACCACCCCCGGUGUCGCGAUCCAACAGUGGCGUUCUGUUUGUGUGCACACACCGCACCCUAAUGGACCCGGUUGUUCUUGCCACGGCUCUUGGACGCAGGAUCCCCGCAGUUACGUACUCCCUGUCGAGGGUAUCGGAGAUACUAUCGCCGAUACCGACCGUUCGUUUAACAAGAAUCCGGGACGUGGACGCGGAGAAGAUAAAGCGAGAGCUGGCCAAAGGGGACCUUGCAGUGUGCCCGGAGGGGACAACGUGCCGAGAACCAUUCCUGUUGAGAUUCAGUGCACUAUUCGCAGAGUUGACGGACCGGAUAGUCCCGGUUGCGUUGAACCAUAGGGUUGGGUUGUUUCAUGCAACCACGGCAAGGGGUUGGAAAGCGUUGGACCCCAUAUUUUUCUUCAUGAACCCUCGCCCCAUUUAUGAGGUUACCUUCUUGGGGCAGUUACCGGUGGACGAGACGUGCUCGGCCGGUAAAAGCCCACAUGAGGUGGCAAAUGAAGUGCAGAGGAUGUUAGCCACGACGCUUGGAUUUGAGUGCACCAAUUUUACGAGGAAAGACAAGUACAGAUUGCUUGCCGGGAACGAUGGUACGGUAUCUAAUUACACGCCAUUACUGGAGCGUGUGAAGAAGGUUGUGGGCACUUUUAAGCCCUUUCCACACUGAUAACAUGCAUGGCAUAGCAUAUACAUAAUAUAUCAUCAGUAAUUAAUACUGCCUCUGCCACUAUUAUUGGGAUUCUGGCUUCUGUUCUGUUUUCCCGAUUUUUAAAAUUUUUUAAAUCCCAUUUGAUGGUUUUUUAAUCUUAUUAUUAAUUCUAAUUAUGCAUGCAUAUUGUAUAGAUAGGGGAUUGCCGAUUGCGUGGGGUUUGGAUUCUUUUCAAUAUUGUUUUGGUAAUUAAAUUUGUUGUAAUUAAGGAGAGACAAGUCUAUGUAUAAUUAGUUAAAUCAGUAUUUUAAUUAAUUUGGUUACA